AUGGAACAUCAAGAUUUACCAGUGUGUGAUCCUCAAUCUUUUGAUGACUUGGAUUUCAACAUCGUGGAUGGUGCACAUGAAAACUACUUAGAAGAUACCAACAUUGAGCCUACUAGAAAGCGAAAAUGCACUGCAGGGGAUUAUCCACUCACAUCAUGGCUUCCUGAACGAGAUGCAUUUAUCCUGGAGAUGUUAAGAUUGGAAGGACGCAGAGACUUUAUAUCUCAAGCCACUUGCCGUGGAACUUAUGGCUGCUCUUUGCCAGCUGAAUUUCGUUGUGAGGAUUGUUUUGGCACCAAGCUAUACUGUCAGUCAUGCACCAUGGAAAGGCACCAUGAGCAUCCAUUGCACAGGAUUAAGGUAAGCCGCUUGAACAUUUUCAAAAAAAUUAUCAUUGAACAUCUCUUAGCAUUGGAAGGACGUGUUUUUCACGAUGUCACACUCAAAUCUCUCGGACUGCGAAUUCAACUGGGACACCCCACCCAAGAGCGCUGCUACAACCCAGCUGCUUGCCAGGAUUUCGUCGUACUCCACGUGAAUGGCAUUCAUGAAGUCAGUUUAGACUUCUGCGGGUGCGAGACCGCUCAAAGUCCCACCACCCAGCUGCUUCGCAUUCAAUGGUUCCCUGCAACAGUCCUAGAGCCGAAAACCACAGCAACAUUCAAGCUUCUUCGACAUUUUCACAUUCUCUCAUUCAAAUCUAAGGUCUCCACGUUUGAAUAUUGGCAGACCUUAACGCGUCUUACUCACAAUAGAGGGGUGAUCAUUGUGAAAGAUCGUUAUGACUCUCUACUUCGAAUGAUAUGGGAAUGGCGAAACAUCACUUUGCUCAAACGCUUUGGAUGGGGACACGAUCCCGCAGGUACUGGAGCAACAGAGCAAGGCUCAUGUGCCAUCUUGUGUCCGGCUUGUCCUCAGCCUGGUAAGAAUCUUCCUGAGAACUGGGAGAGUGCCCCGUCAGAAACUUGCUGGUUAUAUGCCUUGUUUCUCGCAAUUGACGCCAACUUCCGUCUGGCACGCAAGAAUGUUUCUUUGGAUCAAAUGGACCCUGGGCUCAACCAUGGCUGGGCGUACUUCGUGGAGGAACGACAAUACAAGACAUUUCUUACUGAUAAAAGCACAUGCGCAAGCCAUAAUGCAGUCAACUUAGUGGAAACGAAAAACUCUUGGGGCCUGGCAGCCACUGGAGCAGGAACUGUUGACUGCUUGCAACACAAUUUCAAAUGGCCCUGUGGUGUUGGUGACUUGCAAAAAGGCGAAAAGUACGUGAACAUGGAUUAUCUCUUCUUUUCGACCAUGCAACACACGGUGACAACGGGGAAUACCGUGGUCCUGAACAUAUCUUAUGACAUCGCUUGUCAAUGGAGCACGAAUUUGUGGCGGCGCAUGCAUCAAUACCCAUCUACGAUACAUCUCCACCACCAUGAUAACAAGACCAUCACAUUUCUUGUGCGGAAAUUCCAUCUUCCUGCGCACAUUGAAAUUUGCCAGAUUACUUACUCUCACAACCUCCUCAAAGGCAUGGGGCGGACAGAUGGAGAGGCACCCGAGUGUGGCUGGGCCAACAUCAAUCCAAAGGUCACUAAUAUGGGUGACAGUCUAUCACGAAAGCUCAAAGCUGCUGUUCCUGAAUGCGACCAGCAUGUAUGCGAUUUUGAAGACUUCGACAAUGCACUUGAACACGAGAGACCCGAACAGGUGGUGGAAUGGAGGUUGGCAGUGGAACGAUGGGAAUCAGAUUCGUCACAAGAGAAUCCUUUUGCACUUACAGGCAAACAUAUGUUACUAGCACUAACACAAGCAGCUGUACGACUCAGUCUCUCUCAGCAAGAAGCUGACAACCUCGAGCAUGGUGUGGACGACUCACUGCAUGAGGAAGUCUCGCGCAGCGUGUUAAUCUCAUCAGGAAUGGAGAUCAAGGAUCAGCAGUGUUGGCUUGCGAGAGAUAUCGAGCUUCUGGGAGGGCAUCCAACUGACUUACAGCGCACGAAGCUUCAAGAACGGGGCAACAUUUUACAACGCAAAAUAAAACAAUGGAGCAAGGUCCAACUUUUGUACAUGCCGGUCGUUGCUCGCCUUCGCGCAUUGGAUAUGCCAACAAGCAGGACCCAUUUGACUGAAGAAAAGGCUCACGAGAUCGAACUGUGGCUUCCCUCCAAGAUCUACAGAGAUGCAACAGACCCAGUGCAUCAAUGUGAUGCCACACUAAGUCAGUAUGAGUGGGAGCUUCGCAGGGCCCAGGCAUAUGAUGCGCUGGAUGACCUCCGACGUCACCUGCGCCUACGCGCACAUCUUUACAAAUUCAAAGAUACCCAUAUUCGUGGCCAGCGAGCUAACACACGCGCGUCAGCCAUCAUUGACAAAGUCGAGUUGAAUGUGUCCGUCGCUGCUGCAAGGUAUCACAGAGCAUGGUCUGCACUUGAACAUCUCUCCCCGGCUCUGUCUUGCACUACGUGGAAGGAGGAGUUCCUGAAACUGGAGAAUGAUGACAUCCAUGGGAUGUCUCAAGGUAAGCCAGGCCAAUCGUCUGGCAACUGUACAUUGUCCUGGAUAUGGAAGGCACGUGGCAUAGCUAGUGACACUCCUGAAGGGGAGACGUCUUGCGCACGAGCUACGCAUUGGGUCAAGGAGGUGCAACUUCUUCAAGAGGAGAUGAGGCGUGUCGUGGCAUACCUUUUGUGGCAUGCUACGUGGUGGAAUGCGCAAGCAGAUCGUCGCACAGGGCUCGCGCUUGCAGAGGUUGAAGGUAUCAGAGGAUAUGCAAAGCGUCAGGCAGCCAUGUGGCGGGAUCUCCAUGAUACAUUCCUUUCAAAGUGGGGGUGCCAUGAAUGGCAUUUUUUAAUUUAA